ACAAUGGAGUACCUCCUAAGAAAACAAAAUAUAUCUUCUAUCGCCUCUCGAAAAACCUAACCUAGCUAGCGCAGCAGUCACGCCAUGGACGUAUCCGCGAACAAUGGUCUGGAAUUGAACGGUGGGAUAAUUCGAAAUAGCAGUAUUAUUAGCCGGAUGGUGGUUGAGGGAUACGACACCUCCCCUCCUAGGAAGGAUGUCGAAGAGGCUCUGAAACAACACUUCGCAUCACAUGGAAUAAAGUUAAUGCAUGCCUCUGUUCCCGUAGACUGCAAAUUUUGCAAAUUUUUUAGUCGCAGACGCGCCUUAAUCUAUGUUAAUGGAGAAUGUGAAGCAGAGGCGCUGAAGCUUGAUGGAAGUGACAUGGGAGGACGUAUUUUGAAAAUUACGGCUUACCCUUUUGACGACAAUAGCCUUGAGCAUGACUUUGCUCCUACCGAACUCAUAGACGAAUACCGACCGCGCAAGUUGAAAGUUACAGGAUUUGGUACUUCCCUCUCUCGGGAUGAUAUCAAGAAGAUGCUAUGUAGGGUUUUCCCCGGAUCCACUUGUGUUUCUGUCAGGGACGGCUCAGCUUUGCUUCAUCUCCGUGGACCAUAUGCUAUGGACGAGGCUCUGAAACUUAGCGGAGGUUCUGUGGAAGGCUUUAAAUUUGCAGUUACUAAGGUCCUCCCAGAAAUUGUAAUGCAGGUUGGCAUCCGUCGCGAGGAUUGGGCCUACUAAAACCAAUCAGAAGAUCAAGACUACGGACUAGGAAUCUCUCUCUUUCUCUCUCAAAUGCUGUCUCGUGUUAUUAACUUGUGUCAUGCAAUGCCACUUUCUUCUUUUCUCUUGUCUGGAUGUUGAAUCUUGUCUAUGUUAUGUUUUUAUUCGUGUGUGUUGUUUUUUUAUGAUAAAACUCUGUAAAACCACUAUGACAAACUUGGUUGUCCAAUCAAUAAUCAUUAUGGUAACUUGGUUUUUGCUAAAGUGAGAACGAAAUUUAGUAACUCAAGGGCCGAGACUUUAGUUAAGCUUUGUACAUAUAUAAAAUUGUGAGCUCCCAAAAUAACUUUUUACCUCUGAGGAAUCUGAUGAUGACUGAUGAGCAUUUUUUUUGCCAUAUUGGGUUUAGACUUGGGUAAUUCCUCGUUAUACAGAAGAAUGUGAACACCUUGGGGUGUGUGGCUUUGGCUUGCCGUGCCAUUUAUUUACAUUGUAAACACCAAGUUCUUGUCAUUGUGCAUUUUAUCGUACAGUUUAA